AAUUAUGAAAAUUUCCACAGCCUGAAGAGAGAGAGAGAGCACAGAACAUUGAGAUUUGAGGGUAGUUUAGAACAUCCAACUUUUAGAGAGACAAAGAGAGAGAAUCGGAGGAGAAAUCGAAGGAAAGGAAGCCAUGGACGAGCAAGAGUUUCGUAGCCUCCUACAUCUCUUCCCCGUCGUACGCUCUCGCGACCACCGUGCUGAUUUAGAUUCUUCAAGUUCAAAGCAAUCAACUUCACAGUCAAUUGUUGAGCGAGAGGUAAACGAACGGCACGAUGCGCCGAGUGUUGUUGAGCCAAAAGACUUGAAAGAUAGAGAGACUGAUCAAGAUACAGUUACAUUCUGGGAUAAGCUGAAAACGGCUGCUGCAAAGAAGGUUGGUGAGGUUGAAGCAGAGAGAUUUUGCAAGGCAUUUGAGAAACUCCACAAGAAACUUGUGUAUGAAGAGUUGGAUCCUGAAGCUGCAAAGCGAUACUUAUUAAACUCUUAAAUACGUGUCUUCAUUACAAUAUGCUUCAAAAUAUUUGAUUAUGUGGAGAUACUUCAACUUUCUUUCUUUUUGUUUAUCGUAAUUAUGUAUCAGCUGGUCAAAA